ACACUGGCAGUAAAAUUGGUUAACUUAAGAAUUAUUAUGAAGAUGAAGGCCAGAGUAGUGAGCUUCAAAGAUACAUGAAGCUCAUGCCAACAAGAUUUUAUUCUCACUAGGAAAGAAUUGAAGUGCUGUGGUGCUUCUAUUACAAAAUUGUAAUUUGUAUUUCAAAAUUCUUCCCUGUGCCAUAAUUACUAGUAUGUGAUCAUUUCCUUAGGUUCAUUUUAGUUCUUACUUAUUUGUUUGUAGGUGAAGGAUUAAUUUAGAAGUUCAAUUGAGCAUUAGCUAUCCCUCCACAAAAGUUUGCCUUCCACAAUGUUCUUGAUUGGUCUAACUGGUGGCAUUGCAUCUGGCAAGAGUUCUGUGUGCCGCAUUUUAGAAGAGUUGGGUGUGCCAGUUGUGGAUGCAGACCUCAUUGCCAGAGAAGUGGUUCAAAUUGGCACCCCAGCAUAUCAAAGAAUACAGAAGGAGUUUGGACCUGAUGUCUUCCAGGUAUCAGGAGAAUUGGACAGAGGCAAGCUCGGGGCUGUCAUCUUCACUGAUGAAGAGAAGCGCAAGCUAAUCAACUCUAUCACUCAUCCUCAAAUUUACUCCAAAAUGAAGCGCCAAGUCUUCAGACACUUCAUUAAUGGUGAACAGAUGGUCGUGCUUGAUCUGCCUCUGUUGUUCGAGACGGGGAAAGCCCUGCCCUACAUCUACAAGACUAUUGUUGUUAACUGUGAUCCUGAGGAGCAGCUGAAGCGACUGCAGGCCCGAGGAGGCUACACUGAGCGGCAAGCCAAGGAGAGGAUCGAGUGCCAGAUGCCGCUGUCCCUCAAGACUGCGCGUGCCGACUUCGUCAUUGAGAACUCCGGCGCCCGUCAGUACACGAGGAGCCAAGUUGAGGAUAUCGUGCGCACGCUGCGCGCCUCUAAGCGCCACGUGCGCAACAAGAUCCUGCUGGCCCUAGCAGCGCUGGUCGUCCUCGCCGCCACGUGCUGGCUGUUAUCCGUCCUCAUUAACGUCGUAGCGCGCAGAACAACGCAACUCCUCUGAGUGCAAUAAUCCAACCUAGGAGCAUCAAUACAUAUAUUAAUUUCGUUUGACGGAUUCUAUUUAUUUCUGUAUUGCAACUCGAUUUAAAUCAUAAUAAGAACAUCUAUAGAUUGAACAUCUGCGGUAAUAAUGCUAAUAAUUAAAUCCACAUACUCGUAUCGUGGCCCAAAUUUUCAGCCACUAGCUACUAAGAACUCAUUAUGGCGUUUCCAAAUGUGAUCUUGGCUUUAAGCGCGAAAUUGGAUGUGCAUAAAAAUAUGGCAGUCUUGUAGAUAUGACGGAGCUCGUUAGUCAAUGCUUAUAUUCCGAUGCUUACAUUAUUUUCUCGACUGUUACUUUAUGGAUUGAAUUCAAAUCGUAUUGUUUAUAUUUUUGUUCUGAAGGUUUCAAGCGGUGGAGAUCACACGCGUAUUUUGUCAGGUUGCUCAGUUCUGGGGCAACUUUUAAAUGGGCGAUUGGAGGCGUGUUAGAUCUUAGAGGUUCUUAUGGAAUUUUAUAUAUUUUUUAUUUACGAACUAUGGAGCACUUGUCUUACUACGUAUAUGAUCUCUAGAUCUGCAGGAGUUAAUGUGGUUCAGAUUACGGUUUCAAAGUGUAAUAAUUGUUCGUGCUCUUAAUGCUCUAUUGUACAGUUGUUUAUGAUACACAGAAUAUAGAAUGUUUUUAAGAGAAAGAUUUAUCUGUUCAGAAACAAAUCCUAUUUUUAUCGCAGUAUUGAGGUACCUAUUAGAAAACGACUUUAAUAAUUGGCAAGAGAAGACAUUGAAAUUUACCUCGGAGCAUAUGACAACUUGACAGGAUAAUGUAGAUUCUAUUUCAAAAACGCUUUUUCUUUAGUUGAAAUAUUCCGUGACAAGGUAGAGUGAAUUUUGCAGUUAUGUAGUUAACCGUGUUAAAGUUCGGCGCUGCAAACGUGUCUUUCAUUCUGCAACUUGUACAGCAAGUUGCGUACCCCUUUAUGAAUGAAAUUAAAAUUCAAUUUUAUGCUGGGACCAUUUCGCCGAUUUUGUUUUUUUUUUUUUUUCAAGCGGCUGAAUCUUGCAUUUCAACCAUAAGUCCGCCCUGAGAUUUAGAUUAGGUCCUGUCUUUAUCCCAAGCUGAGUUUAGGACUAUAAAACUCUACACUACACACUUACGGUUACUUUAUUACGCUACGUAUUUUAAGGCAGUUAUGCAGUUUCGCUAUCAAAUAUGUGCCUCUGACAUACCUCCGGAAAUAAAGCAGCUACAUAGUUGAUCAA